AUGUCACCUCUACCGGGUCAGUCGAGUAAUCAGCCACUUCCGUCAAAGGAACUUGGAUACUUCAGAAAGAUUGUUAAAUGUUACGAGCAAAAACAAUAUAAGGCGGGUUUGAAGUUUGCGAAGCAAAUUUUGUCAAACAACCAAUUUUCCGAGCAUGGAGAAACUCUUGCCAUGAAAGGAUUAAUUUUAAAUUCUAUUGGCAAACAUGCCGAAGCUCAAGAAUGCGUGAAACGUGGGCUGAAAUCGGAUUUGGGUUCGUACGUGUGUUGGCAUGUUUAUGGACUUCUUCAGAGGUCCGAGAAAAAGUUUGACGAGGCUAUCAAGGCAUACAAGCGGGCUUUGAUGCUGGAUAAGGACAACUUGCAAAUCCUUCGCGACCUUUCUUUGCUUCAAAUUCAAUUCCGUGAUUAUGAAGGUUAUUUGUCCACGCGGUAUGAAUUGUUGAGACUUCGCCAAACCCAACGAGUAUGUUGGAUCGGGUAUAUCACGGCUCAUCAUUUGCUCAAGGAGUAUGACAAGGCUCUCGCUGUCAUGGGAGAGUUCAUCAAGAACAAUACUCCAACUGGAUACGAUUAUGAGCAUUCGGAGCUCGUUUUGUACCAGAAUAUGAUUCUACGAGAAUCCGGUCAAAUCGACGUAGCGCUCCAGAAGCUUGAAGAAAAUGCGGCCCAUAUUGUUGACCGUGCCGUUUAUAUGGAAACACGAGCCCAACUUUUGAUGGAUCUCGAUCAACCGAGACAAGCUGAGAAUGUCUGGCGGCAAUUGAUUGAUAGAAAUCCGGAUUGUCUUGAGUAUUACACGAAGUUAGUGGAGUGCACCGGAGUGCAAGAUGACGAGGCAGCUCGUCUUGAGCUCUUCGACGAUAUCGCUGAAAAGCAUAAGAGAGCACUCGCGCCGCGCCGUCUUGCCCUUUACAUUGUUGAAGGCAAGCAGUUACGAAAUCGUCUGCAUGCUUGGAUGACACCGAUGCUUCGUAAAGGUGCACCGAGUCUGUUUGCGAGCCUCCUUCCGCUCUACAAAUUCCCCGAUAAAGUUGCAGUCAUCGAAUCACUUAUUAACGAAUAUGUGAAGAAGAUGGAUGAUGAGGGAUAUAAUAAUGUUUCCUUGGAUGAUAAUAAUGAAAUUGAGCCUCCAUCAACCGCUCUUUGGCUUUACGUUCUCGCUGCUCAACAUUUUGAUCGUAUUGGAAACAUUCAAUUGGCCUUGAAUUAUAUCGAACGAGCAAUUCAACAUACUCCAACAUUGGUUGAAAAUCUUAUGCUUAAAGCGAGAAUUUACAAGCACGCUGGUGAAUAUGAAGAGGCUGCCCGACUCAUGGAUGAAGCUCAAAGUCUUGACACUGCUGAUCGUUACAUCAACAGCAAAUGCGGCAAGUACAUGUUGCGAGCCAAACGACUUGAUGAUGCUGAAAAGAUGCUGGUUAAAUUCACGCGGGAAGGAGAAAAGGCUUCAAUCAGUUUGACCGACAUGCAGUGUAUGUGGUACGAAAUCGAAUGCGGUAGAGCUCAUCGAGCUCUGAACAAGUACGGUGAUGCUCUCAAAAGAGCACAUCAUGUUGAAUUCCACUUUUUGACAAUGUUGGAAGAUCAAUACGAUUUCCAUACAUAUUGCUUGCGAAAAAUGACCCUGACGGCGUAUAUCCGAAUGCUCCGAAUGGAGGAUGUUAUUAGAAAAAACAACUAUUACUACGCCGCCGCGAAAUUGGCUAUCAAGAUUUAUUUACGAAUGCUCGAUAGACCACAGGAUAUGAAUGAGGAAAAUGGUCUAAUUAAAGAGGGAAUGACAGAAAAUGAGAUCAAGAAACUGAAGAAGAAGCUGAAGAAGCAGAAAGAACAAAAAGAGCAGGAGGAGGAAUUGAAGAAAAAAGAAAAGGAGAAAGAGCAAAAGGACGAUUCGAUCACUCGCGGACCUCAAUUUGAUGCUGAGGCUCUUUUGAAAACCGACAAGCCUUUAGAUGAAGCUGCUAAAUUUGCUCACCAUUUGCACAUGCUUGGAACCGAGGGUGUGACUGGGUAUGCGCUUUGCGCGGAAGUCUACCGGAGGAAGAAUAAGGUGCUUUUGGCGCUGAAGUGCCUGAAUGAAGGAAACAAGAAGGAGUCAAAUCAUCCGCUGUUGCAUGUUGAGAAGGUUAAAUUCUUGCUGUAUUGGAAGGAAUGCCAGUGCACGGGGCUUGUGAAGGAAACUGCUGAGAGUGUUGUGAAAGCGAUUUUUGGAAACGAUACUGAUCCGAAGAAGUUCAAUGAAAAGUAUCAUCUUGAAAACUCGAAACUUCUUGCCCACCGUAUGGCUUACGCCGAAGCAAUGUUUGUUUACGAUCCAGCUGGUGCGGAAAAGACCAUGAAGAGUUGGCUUCUGAAAUCGACUAAUGAUGAAGGAGUGACCGGAAGAACACUCAAAAUGCUCAUCAAGCUCCGCGAUGGAAUCAACUAUGGUCGUUACGGAAAGUGGACAUCUCAAGAGAUUGAGGAAUUGAGAAAGGUCGCCCAUUCUCUUUAUCCACUCUCGAUUGAAUUUGGCGGCGGUCUUGUGAAGCCGAAGACAAGCGAGGUGAAAGUCGAACAUCACGAAUUCAAAUGA